UACCACAUUACGUCGAAGCCCCAUCUCUCGGGGGUGCGGGAGGAGGGCCCGAGCCGCGCGGGCACCGCUGUAGUCCGUGCGGCGCAAUGCAUGCCGGGAGGAGGCGUCACCGCUACCUCACAUCCUACGAGGGGCGCUGUGACCUCUGACAGCGCAGCCUUUCCCCCGCACGACACGGAAGCAGCAUGGCGUCGGACGGCCACGGCUCCGAGCGGCAGCGAGCCGCCAGCCGAAGACUGAGCGCCAUCGCGGGGCAUCUGCGGACAGCCGGGCAGCAGCAGCGGCCGCAGGUCGCCGGGAUCCACUGCAAGGCGGAGAGCAGCAGCGACGGGGAAGAGGCGGCGAGGAGCACGACGGUGCCCAGGAGACGGCAGGAGGUCAUGAAGUGGAAUGGCUGGGGCUACAGCGACUCCAGGUUCCUUUUCAACAAGAAAGGUCAGGCGGAAUUCACCGGCAGGAGGUACCGGCUGAGUGGGAUGGUACUUCCUAGUUUAAAGGACUGGUUUGAGAGCACCUUCGGAGCGAGCCUGCAGCACAAGAGCCCUGCCACUGCCACGCUGAACGCCAGCGCCGUCCCAUUUCCCUCCCUCAACGAGGCCUUCCUCCAGGACCUCAAAUCCACUGGCAUCCCCUUCUCCCAUGAGGCGGAGGACAGGGUGUUCCGAGCCCAUGGUCACUGCUUACAUGAAAUCUUUGCUCUUCGUGAAGGGAAGUUUGGACGUGUCCCGGAUCUGGUGGUUUGGCCAAAUUGCCAUGAGGAUGUGGUGAAAACUGUGGACCUGGCGUGCCGACAUAACGUUUGUUUGAUACCGUACGGAGGAGGAACCAGCGUGUCCAGCGCCCUGGAAUGCCCUCCAGAUGAGACCCGUUGCAUCGUCUCCUUGGAUACCUCACAAAUGAGUCGAAUACUGUGGAUCGACGAGAAGAACCUCACUGCCCACGUGGAAGCCGGAAUCGUUGGGCAGGACUUGGAGAGACUGCUGAACGAGAGUGGCUAUUGCACGGGCCACGAACCCGACUCGAUGGAGUUCAGCUCCUUGGGGGGCUGGGUGGCCACCAGGGCCUCCGGCAUGAAGAAGAACGUGUAUGGCAACAUCGAGGACCUGGUUGUCCACAUAAAGAUGGUGUGUCCCAGGGGAGUGGUGGAAAAGAGCUGCCAGGGCCCACGCGUGUCCAUCGGGCCCGAUAUCCACCAUUUCAUCAUGGGCUCUGAAGGAACCCUGGGCGUUGUCACUGAAGUAACCAUAAAGAUCCGGCCCAUGCCGGAGUACCAGAAGUACGGCUCCGUGGUCUUCCCCAACUUCGAGCAGGGCGUCGCGUGCCUGAGGGAGGUCGCCAAACAGAGAUGUGCACCUGCAUCCAUCCGUCUCAUGGACAAUGCACAGUUUCAGUUUGGGCACGCGCUGAAGCCUCAAGUGUCUUCCAUAUUCACGUCCUUUCUGGAUGGCCUCAAGAAGUUCUACAUCACCAAGUUCAAAGGGUUCGACCCGCACCAUCUGUGUGUGGCCACGCUGCUUUUCGAGGGGGACCGUGAGAGGGUGCUGCAGCAUGAGAAGCAGGUGUACGACAUUGCUGCCAAGUUCGGGGGCCUGGCAGCAGGGGAGGACAAUGGGCAGAGAGGAUACAUGCUGACCUUUGUCAUCGCGUACCUCCGGGACUUGGGGAUGGACUACUAUGUGAUUGGAGAGUCCUUUGAGACAUCAGUACCUUGGGACAGGGUUCUGGAUCUGUGCAGGAACGUCAAAGAGAGGAUCGUGCGAGAAUGCAGAGAGAGAGGUGUCCAGUUUCCUCCCCUCGCCACAUGCAGGGUGACUCAGACCUACGACGCCGGUGCCUGUGUGUACUUCUACUUUGCCUUUAACUACAGAGGGCUCGCGGAUCCGGUGAACAUUUACGGACGAGUGGAGCAUGCCGCCAGGGAGGAGAUCCUCGCCAAUGGAGGGAGCCUCUCGCAUCACCACGGAGUGGGAAAGCUCCGGAAGCACUGGAUGCCGGAAUCCAUCUCCGAUGUGGGCAUCGGGAUGCUCAAGUCUGUGAAGGAGUAUGUGGAUCCAGACAACAUCUUCGGCAGCAGGAACCUCCUGUAACCUUCUCCCUCUGGCCCCUGCCCAACCCCCCCCCCCCCAACCCCAUCUCUGACUGCAUUCCUGGGGAUGUUUGCUCACUUAGUUGGAAAGGAGGCAUCGGUUGAGGGCGGGUGGCGGGUACUCCCAGGCCUGCACAGGGGCGGUCUGUUAUGGCGAGUGACCCCGCCCCCGACCCGUAGGCCACGCCUCCUAGGACCCCGAACGUUUGUCUCGAGCGCCUUCUUUCUUCUAACCGCUUCUUGUCCCGUCAGCAGCUUCCUCAACCUGUCGCCACAAGGAAACCGUACGUCCUCAUUACCGCGGGACUUUUUAACCGCGCACUUAACGUUACCGCAGGCGAGCAGAGUGAAGCGUGCGGUCCGCGCUCUCUUCAACGCGUGCUUCACACAAAGGGUGUUUACUAUGUCCAUUUGUUGCGCUUCUCCGUGUCCCUGCUUCCCCACCUGCUGCGGCUUCUAUCAUUGCUUCUGUGUGUAGCUCUGGCUUUCAUCUUCCUCCUAUUCCUCCUAUCCCCUGCUGUUGUGUCAUGCAUGCCCUUGUUCUGUAUAUCGCCCCUUUCCCCAGCCAACCCCCCCACCCCUUCCUCCCUGUCCAGCACCACUUCGGCCUUUCCCGCUGCCUGUCGUCCCUUUGCCUGUUGCAGUGAGGGCUGCGCACUUUUACCGCACCAGACUCCGGACGAGCGGAAGGCUUUAAACGACGUAAAACCUUGAGCUGUCUUCGGCCCUUUCUCUUCGGCGCGUCGCGAGCCCUUCGGUUUCACCGCCGUUUACGCUUGUGCUAAACCACCUGUUUCUCAAGCAGGGUCUUGCUGACUCUUGUCGGGGUCCUAUCCUACCCGCUAUCUUUGCAGUUUUUCUGUAUUUCCUUAUUUUUAUUUCUUUUUGGGUUUUGGGCCACAUUCGGUGUGUUCCGACUCAGCUUGAACGCCGACCUCCCUCGCACGCUUCGGCGUGCACGUUGUGAAGACGCCGCGCAUCCUCCCUCGAUUCCAGGCGCGCGCAUUUUUCGCCUGCGAGCGUCGUCAUUUCGUCCGCUGUCAUUUCAAAGCGUGUACAUUUCAUUUGCACAUGGAACACGUGAACACACCCCCCCCCCCCCCCAACCCCAGUCGUUGCAGCACGCGUUUGUACAAAGACCCCGAGUCUCCGAUGCGCCUAUAACCACAACCUCAACAAAAUGCCACACGUGUAUGUGCUUUAUGGACAUUAUAUAUGAUCAAACAAGCACUGAAACGGGAUCCUAUUAGUAUUUACUUGUGUACGUACGUACAAGCGUAAGCAAGUAGGGUAAUAAAGAUCAUGUUUAUGUUGUAUUUCUUUAAUUCACACGUGCAAAAAGCCCAAAUUAAUAUGUUUCGAAAGCUCUCGUUAUUGUUCUGUGUGACUUGGUGUAAACUCUGUGUAUCCCUUGCCGGAAAACAGUUUUCGAAGGUCAACACACACACUUUUCUAGCAGUGACUGAACUUAGUGGAUUUUCGUCAGGAUUUGUGCGCUUCGACCUUUACGCCACUUAUUUUACCGUUUAAUUUCUUACAGCGUUAACAUGUACGGUUGCCUCGAUGAACCAAUGCAGGCGCACUCGGGUUUGAGCUCUCGGUCAACGGGACAGUUCGUGUUCGCGGACCCUGAACCGCAAGCGCAAUGCGGCCGGCGCCGUCGGUCCGGCCAUGGUUCGAGUCCCUCCGCUAACCGCACUCCUCCACCGACGGAUUUAAUUAGGUUGCCUUAGUUGCUCAGAGUGGGUCGUGUCUCUCGGUGUGUCUUCUCCUCCAUCUCCGCAAGCGUCUCCCUCCCCGAAUUCCCGGGCAAUUUUUGCCUCUGCGGAACUUCAGUGAAGGAAAUGGGAGGGGCUCUAGCCCCCUCUGGCCAUUUUCUGAUGAGUUUCAAGCUUUUAACACAUAAAGCCUAAUGAUGGAGAGUUUGACAUCACCGUGUCACCUGUGUCAUUUUGUUAUGGUCUCUAUUAACACUGAAGUACAUUUUGUCAAUGACAUUGGUGCAAUAAAAAAGUUUAAAUCAA